AUGUUUUAUUUGAGGAGUAAUUUGAUUAGUUUUUAUCGAUUCGCUACUUAACCCAAGAUAGCAUUCAUACCCUAAGAACAAUUCUUAGGAGAAAUAGGUUAUCUUUUGCACAAAGUUGAAUAAUCAUUUAAUAAACUGAAAGAAUAUGAAAAUAGAAUUGAAAUCAGAUCAGAUCCUCUAAGCCUAUGUGUGUCUGUGAAAAAUUUAGGGGAAUAUAAUUUUACGACUAAUGUGAAAGAAAGGAGAUUAUAUCUCUAAACACCAUUUAAUUUAUUCUAAUAUUAUUAUGAUGAGCAGGCAGAUUAAUGGAAAAGUGUUAAAGACCAACAUAAUAUGAUUGAAAAUUUGACUAGAGAAACAGGGAAAUACUUAAAAGGAUACUUGGAAUUUUGA